AUGCCACCUACACCUCCUCCAAAGACGCCAGAACCUGAGGAUAACUGGCCUAUUCCUAAAUUUAACCUGCGGGUGGAAGACCUAGAUCAUCCUGGUGCCCAACUCUUCUUCGCUGCCCUUGCCAGUCCAGGAACGGAUAAGCACAGUCGACACAACAGCAAUGGCGUGUUAGAAGCACUCAAAUAUGCGGUAAUCGCCUCGUUCGAAUGGCUCUAUGCUGUCCCAGAAUGCGCUCCAACCAAUGUCAAACAGAUCCUACUGGUUUUAAGGCCAAUGGAUGGCGUUGCGUACACCUUCGGUUCUCAUCACGAGAAGGAAAUCCACUUUUCGCUCGACCAUAUCGAAAAUAGCCGAGACCGCGCUCGAGAAGAGAUUCUCGGUGUCCUGGUCCACGAAGUCGUACAUUGCUAUCAGCACAAUGGUAAUGGGACAGCUAACGGUGGAUUUAUUGAGGGCGUUGCUGACUAUGUUCGCCUCCACUCUUCUCUCGCCCCGCCGCAUUGGCGACGCUCUGCCCCAUCUCGAGAGGACAACUGGGAUGCAGGCUAUGAGCGGACGGCAUAUUUUCUCGACUGGCUCGAAUCUACAUCCGGAGAGGGGACAAUACGCAAAAUGAAUGCAGCGCUAUCAGGGGAGGGCGUGACUUGGGAAAACGCACGAAUAUUCGAGAUCUUUGGCGGUGCCAAGGUUGGAGCACUAUGGAGGCGGUAUCGGGUUGAAAUGGGCGGGGAGUCAGUGACGGAGGACGACGAGCACAAAUCGAGGAAGGUCGAGGUCGAUGAGACGGCAGUGCGCAGCUACAACCCAGUCUACGUGUAA